AUGUUUUCCAAACAGGGCGAUAUGACGGCUGAGCAAAAGGCUCGAAAAUGGUUCGAGAUUGCGAUUUCGGAAGACUAUGAAGGUCACGAUUCUAUGCUUCCCAAGAUCCUCACUCUUGAGUCUGUCACAGUAGCGCCUACAAAGGGCAAUCCGCAUGACUCUCGUGUAGUCUACAGCUUCACAGUGCCAAAGGAGUUGUGUAAUAUGGGAGGCAAUCUACACGGAGGCGCGGUCGCGUUGAUCUUCGACAUAUGUACCUCAACGGCCAUCACAGCUGUCAGUCGCGACGGCUUCUGGGAUACAGGUCACGUCAGCCGCAAUUUGAACUGCACCUACCUGCGACCUGCUGCCGAGGGCACAAAAGUCUACGUGAUCAGCGAAGUAGUUCAUCUGGGGAAACGGCAGGGUCUCACAAGGGGAGAGAUCAGGCUGGAGACGGAAGAUGGCAAGAUAGCAUACACUUGCGAGCAUGGAAAGGCCGCCAUUGGACAAUCGAGUCUUUGA